AUGGAAAAUAAUAUAGUUAGUAAUAAUAGUAAUACUAGUAAUACUAGUAAUGAUACCAAUAAUAAAAGUAAAUGUUGUAAAAAGAAUGAAACACCAACCAUUACAGAAAAAAUUAAUGUUGUUAGUUUUUAUAAAAGAGAUUUACCAUCACAUUUAAUCGAAUUUUCAUCAGAAGAGGGGAAAUUAAUAUUUAAAGAGGCAUUGUUAAAUGGAAAUAUGGAAAAUUAUUUUUCAUUAGCAGAACAAUUUUUAUCACAAUCAGACCCAGCAUUUUGUGGAUUAGCAACUUUAGCAAUGGUAUUAAAUGCAUUAAAAAUUGAUCCCAAUAGAUUGUGGAAAGGACCAUGGAGAUGGUUUGCAGAAGAUAUGUUGGAUUGUUGUAUACCUAUCGAUUCCGUUAAAAAAAGAGGUAUAACAUUCACAGAGUUUUCGUGCUUAUCUAAAUGUAAUGGAGCAAAUAUCAAAUCAUAUAGAGGUGACGAAAAUGAUAUCCAUCAAUUUAGAAGUAGUAUUAUAGAGGCAUCAAGUAAACAAGGUAUUCAUUUAGUAAUGUCUUAUUCAAGAAAAACACUGGGUCAAACAGGGUCAGGUCAUUAUAGUCCUAUUGGAGGUUAUCAUAAAGAAAAAGAUUUAGCAUUGGUAUUAGAUGUCGCAAGAUUCAAAUAUGCUCCUCAUUGGGUACCCGUUGAAACUUUAUGGGAAUCAAUGAAAGUAUUAGACAAAGAAACUAAUAAGCCUAGAGGCUAUUACGUUCUCUCAAAAAACCAUCUCUAUGAGCCAUCAUUUUGUAGAAUUAAAAAUACUCUUUCAUGGUCAAGUGUUGCUGACAAGUUUUUAAAUUCAUUCCCCUCUCUCUUAGAAUCACAUCAACCUUCAGAUUUCAAAGAUGUAAUAGAAAUAUUAUUCAAACAUUUACCAACGGAAACUCCAUAUGUUUUAUGCGCAUAUUCCCACGAAUUACACAAGAAUUUAAUGAAAGGUGAUAAGGAUCACGAUUUAAUAUAUAAUAGUCAAAAUAAUAAUAAUAAUAAUGAUCAAAAUAUAAUAGAUAGCAAUACCAAAAACAAUAACAAUAAUGUAAAUAGUGAAAAUAGAUAUAUAAAUAAAUGGGAUCUAUUUUUUGAAGAAAUUACAAACAAUUCAAAAAGUUAUCAAGUAUUAAAAGAAAUGAUAGAUAGUGGUAGAAUUGAUUGGAGAGUAACACAUCAACAUAAUCAUCAUGGUUCAAAUAAAGAGAUAUGCCAUGACUAUCCAAUUCAAUUGGCAACAUUUUUAUUUUUAGCAUUCCCAGCUCACAUUUUUAAUGGUCUUUCAAUUGACAUCAGGGCCAAUCUAGCCGAAAUUAGAAAUUUAGACGGUUUAAAUAUUAAUGUUAUAACGAAAAUUAUGAAUGUACGUGAAGAAAUGUUUUUAGUUAAUCAAAACCCAUGUGAAUGUACAGUCAAUGGUGUAUCGGCCGUAACUUGUAAAGGUCAACAACAAUUACCACCAAAACCACUAAAUUAAAAUAUAUUAAAAAAUAAAAAAUAAAAUUUUUUUAAUAUCCAAUUGCGAUAUUAACAAAUAUUGGCUUUCAU